ACAGUAAUGGUCAGAGAUACAGGGCAACCCUGCUUAAAGUGUUACUAAACCCAAAACAGUAAAAUCAGUCUGUAUAUGCAGUAAUGCAUGCUUGUUAUACUCUAUGAUCCUCCCCUUCUUCCAGAGUCCCCCUCUUAUCUCCUGAUAAGACAUAUUGUGAGGAGUCACUCUGGGCAUGCUCAGUUUGGUGUGUAUUGGAAGAGAGGUUUUUGUUUUUUUUUUCUUGGGAAAGUGCAUGUGAUCACCACAGGGCCAAUCAGCACUGUCCAGACAGAGGUCAGAAGUUCAGCAUCCUCCUAGAGCAAAAUGAAAACUCCUGCUACAAGCUUUAACAUGUGCUCUGCUGGACACUAACAGAGGAUGAGAAAAGGUAUUUAGCAGUUUUAUAUUGACUAAAGUAAUUGAAUUUCCAUGUUGUGUGUACUGUGGGAGACCAGAUAUAGUGAAU